AUGCGACGCGGCAGCAGCCGUGUGUCCUUUGUGCGGAAAACGAUGUUAGCACAGCAUGUGAAGGCGCAGGAGGCUGCUUCGAGAUUGACUUUCGUUCGCACGGGCAUUCGGUAUUCCAUGUUCACGAAACCUCAGACGCGGCGGGAGCGCUUGGCAAAGUUCUUGUCGUCCACCCUGUUCAACAACAUCAUCAUGGGUUUGAUCCUGGGCAAUGCCAUCAUGCUGGGAAUUGAGAUCGACGUUUCAUCUCAGUUGGGUCAGAAUGAGAUCCCUGUUUGGUUCGGGCUGGUGAACAAUGUUUUCUUAUUCAUCUUUCUUUGUGAGCUGGUGUUGAAGUUGGUCGCUGCUGGCUGUGACGAGUUUUGGCGUGGUGAUGAUGCUCUUUGGAACGCAUUUGAUUUUGUCAUCGUCGCGAUCGCCGUGGCUGAAGCCGUUGUGGACCUGGCUGUGCAAUCCAUCUUUGCGGCGGAUGGCUCCAACUCCUUCCGCGUGAUGCGCGCUUUGCGGCUGGCGCGGACCCUGCGGGGGGUGAGGAUCAUUCGCCUGUUCCGAUACUUUAGCGCUUUAAGAGGCUUGAUCCUGUCGAUUUUCAGCACUCUGGGCUCGUUGUUGUGGACUUUGCUUUUGCUGUUGAUUGUAUUCUAUGUAUUCAGCUGCAUCUUUGCCCAGCUAGUGACAGAUCACUGUCGGUUCCAAACCAUCGACAGCACUGGAGAUCAGAAUGCUAAGCCAGUUUGCCCAGAAAAUUUGCAGUACUGGGACAAUGUCAUGGACAGCAUGAUGACGCUCUUCAUGGCGAUCACUGGCGGAAUCAAUUGGGAAGAGUGCUACAAACCUCUAAAGGACGUUUCCCUUUUGGCCAUGGGAUUUAUGAAUUUGUACAUUGUAAUUGGAUUCUUUACGAUUCUGAACGUCGUAACUGGUGUGUUCGUCAACACGGCGAUCGAGAGUGCCAACACUGACAAGGACCUUGCAACCUUGAAGCAGAUGCACAAGAGACUGGCGCAGGUGGAUAAUCUCAAGCAGAUCUUUCAAGAGAUCGAUGACAGCAACGCCAACCAGGUCAGCAUUGAUGAGCUGGAAGAAGCACUUGCUACCAACAAGAUGGGCAGUUUCAUGGAAUCCCUUGGCAUAUCCACGGAUGACGUGUGGAGCUUGUUCCUGCUCCUUGAUGCAGAUGAGAAUGGAGUUAUUGAUUUGGACGAAUUCGUAAAUGGAUGUAUGAAUUUGCACGGGCCGGCCAAGAGUUUACAGGUCGCAAAGAUGAGUUAUGAAAACAAAGUCACCAGACAGGCCAUCAAACAUCUCACAGAUGAUAUUCAAGAAGUGAGGAAUCUGCAGCUUUUGGCGUUGAAAUUUCGCUUGGUGAAGGAAGCAAUGUGACAUUAUUGGUUCUUGGAAAUUCGCUGCCCCGACUUCCUUGCUGAUUGAUUUUUCGGUGAACAAAUUCUUUGUUUCUGACAAAAAACUUUCCGUGCUCCCAGCUGUUGGCGAAGCUAACCAGUAUUGAGAACAUUUCAAGUGUCACUGUAAACUGGGAGGUGAUGUGUUUGCACAACAGUAUG